CCCGCCAGGUUGAAGGCGGUGCGAGCUGUGGCGCAGCGGCGGAGCUCCACAUCAGCCAUCCGGCUCUCGGCUCCAGCAGCACGGCACCGGAGAUCCGCAGCUCGGCGUUCGGCGGGAACUUGCUGGAGGAGAUUUGUGUGUGUGCUGUGAUGAGCCCCUGAAAACCUUUCUCCCCUCUGGCCAGCUGCCCUGGAUGAGCAGGGGCUCUGGUGACAGCUUUGGCCUCCUGAAACAGAGCUACAGCAGACCUGCCAUGGCCAGUGCGGCAGACGGCAUUGGGAACAUUGGGGGUUUGGGAACAGAGCAGAGCCACCUCAGCGUGCCUGUGGCGGACCCUGGCGCUUGGGCUACAGCCAUGAACAACUUGGGCAUCGUGCCCAUGGGCCUGACCGGGCAGCAGCUGGUGUCAGACUCCAUUUGCAUUCAGGGUUUCGACCCCAACUUAGGAAUUAUCGCCCCCAUUAACCCCAUGAUGGCAGGGAUCAGUCUUGUGCCUCCCCCACCUGUGCCUCCGGAGCUGCCUGUCAUCAAGGAAAUCAUCCACUGCAAAAGCUGCACGCUCUUCCCUCAAAAUCCCAAUCUACCGCCUCCAUCCACAAGAGAACGGCCUCCAGGCUGUAAAACAGUCUUCGUUGGUGGACUUCCAGAGAAUGCGAGUGAGGAGAUUAUCCGAGAGGUGUUUGACCAGUGUGGGGAAAUCGUCGCCAUCCGCAAAAGCAAGAAAAACUUCUGUCACAUUCGUUUCAGCGAGGAGUUCAUGGUGGACAAAGCCCUUUAUCUGUCUGGCUACCGGAUGCGCAUCGGUUCCAGCACAGACAAGAAGGAUUCGGGCCGCAUUCACGUGGACUUUGCUCAAGCGAGGGACGACUUGUACGAGUGGGAGUGCAAGCAGAGGUUACUGGCGCGAGAAGAACGUCAUCGCCGUAAAGUCCAGGAAGACCGCCUGAGACCCCCUUCCCCUCCCCCCAUCAUGCACUAUUCCGAGCAUGAGGCGGGCCUGCUGGGCGAAAGACUGAAAGAUGACAACAAGUUCAGCGAGGCCAUAACUGUGCUGUACACAUGGAUAGAAAGAGGCGAGGUCAACCGGCGUACCGCCAAUCAUUUCUAUUCCAUGGUCCAGUCAGCCAACAGCCACGUGCGGCGCCUAAUGAACGAGAAGGCCCAACACGAGGAGGAGAUGGAGCUGGCCAAAGAGCACUUCAAGAACUCACUGCUCACCAUCCUCACACAAUUUGAGCAGAUUACGGCCGUAUUCACCGCUUCCACCAGACAAAAGGCAUGGGACCAUUUCUCAAAAGCACAGCGCAAGAACAUAGACAUUUGGCGAAAGCAGUGCGAGGAGCUGAGAAACGCCCACAGUGAGGAGAUAAUGGGAAUCAGGAGGGAAGAAGAAAUGGAGAUGUCAGAUGAGGACUUGGAAGAAAACCCCUGUAAGAAAAUCAGAAUGGAUGAGUCUGCCCUGGCUGCGCAGUCAUGUGCCCUGCGAGAGGAAAAUGACAGUCUGCGCUGGCAGUUGGAUGCCUACAGGAAUGAGGUGGAGCUGCUGAAGAAGGAGCAGGGCAAACCCCACCGCUCUGAGGAGGACCACACCCAUGAACAGCAGCUCCAUUUCCUUCAGCAGACCAUGCACAGCAUGCAGCAGCAACUGUUACGGCUUCAGGAGGAGCUGAAGGGUAAAGAGCUGGAGCUGGAGCAGGCCCGUGACGAGCAGCGCUACCUAGAGGGAGAGGUCUUCAGCCUCAGAGAAAAGCUUUUGAGCAGUACAGACUCGGCGGAGGGGACGAACCACACCACUGAAGUUUCUGAAAAGGUAAAGGGUUUGAAUGGCACCGCGGCGCUUUAUCACCAUCGGGAGAAGAAAAAUGAGGCGGUCAUGCGAGGUCCUCUGAGAUCAGAGAAAGAAGCCCUGUUGCUGGGGGUCAUAUCAACCUUCCUCCACGUCCACCCAUUCGGAGCAAACAUUGAGUAUCUGUGGUCUUACAUCCAGAGACUCGAUGCAAAGAUCUCUGCCAGUGAGCUGGAGCGGCUGAUGGUGCGACUCCCCAACAUGUUCAAGCAGGAGUUCAGCGGUGUGGGCGCCACGCUGGAAAAGCGCUGGAAGUUCUGCGGCUUUGAGGCUCUCAACUCAGCAUGACGAACAGAGCCACGGGCACAGAGGCUGCCGGACCUGCGAGCACUGAGCCUCGGUGACACUUCCACACAAAACAGUGAGACUGGCCAGCGGCUCAGAGAAGCUCAGUAGAGGGUUCUCGCUCCCUGCUGGAGCUGUUUGAGCUGUCACGCCUGCUGCUCUGCUUUACAGACACUGAUGAUGGCAAAGGAGGAAGCGAGGCACUACAUGCAGCAUAGAAUCAGGACAGAUGUAUUUACUUGAAGAAGCUCUUUUCAGACUCUGAGGCCUGUUGCAUAACUUUCCCUGUCAACGACGGCAUCCCCGCAGACUGGGGGGAGAUAUCUAGGAAUACAGCGCUGCUCAAUUAUAAAUACGAAAUGUGGAAUACGGUAAUCUACACUGACACACACACGAGGGUGUGAUAGUGGCUCUCUGCGCCCAUCAGAUCCAGAGUGCGUGGAGACGUUCGCCGUACUGGACAUUUCUUUAGGAUUUACCCUCAACCGUUACACAGAGUGUUCAAAGAGAUACUUUUUAUACCUUAAACCUUACCAUCAUCACCACGCAUCUCCAUUAGGUUCAUUUACGAACCUCGGCCCUGGUCAGCACGGCUAAAGGGCAGUAGCCGAUACCGACCUGCUACGAGAACCCUUUCACCACUGUGUGACGGAGGAUCUUUUACUGUGUUUCAGGUCUUUUAUGGUUGUGUAGACGAUGUAUGUAACAUUGUGCAUUCUCUUUGUGUCACGAUGCACCAUUGUUAUCUGCUCAUGUAAAUUAUGACUUUAUAAAAAUCUAUUAAAAAGCUUUUUAUCCAAGGUCUGA